CAAAACAGGGUACUCAGGCACCUUCCACUUGAUCCUCUCCUCUCCAUUGUGCGCUCGCGACCAGAGCCGUCUUCCUCAUCAACAAAACCCUAAAUCAUUUUAACCGCCGAAACCUCUGCUAUCAUCGACUCCGUCAACUACAGCUCCUUCUCCACUCAAUCUUUUCUGUUUACAUCCCCAUGCUCUCUUCUCUUUGCUGUCUCCCUCUUCAGGCAUUUGGAGUUUCGGCAAGCUAGCUGCACGUCUUGGCCUCGAAGGACGCUGUCAUCAUUACUGAUUAAUCCGCUCGUUUCUUAAAUUUCAGUUCGUCUCAACAGCAUACUCUUGCAUCCUCGCGCCGGCGACAGAGGGAGUUCCCAUUGCCACUGAACUCAAUCUUCGCUGGGUGCGAGCUUAUUCGUGGAACAUCUGUGACCUUUGCAGCUGGCCUUUCUCUUUUAUGUGCCUUCUUUAAGCGAAGUACGGGUAUUACUCUCUUCUCUAGAGCAUCUUUCUGUGCCCGCCAGCUUUGUCAAGUUUCGCGUUCAUUGCACGGAACAAGAAUUAUGUUGCAGCCAGAGAAGAAACCUGAGACUGAAGAGGAUCUUGAGAGAAAGAAGAAAAAGGAAGAAAAGGCGAAGGAGAAGGAAUUGAAGAAGCUUAAAGCUCAGGAAAAAGCACUGCAAGCUAAGAUUAAGGCACAACAAGUGCAGGAUGGUGUGAAUGCCCCUAAAAAAAGUGCAAAGAAGAAUGCAAAGCGAGGAGGAGAUGAAGGAAACCCUGAGGAUUUUAUAGAUCCAGAGACUCCAUUAGGUGAGAAGAAGAGGCUUUCAAUCCAAAUGGCAAAACAAUACAGUCCUACUGCAGUAGAGAAAUCAUGGUACUCGUGGUGGGAGAACAAAGGCUUUUUCAGCGCAGAUGCAAGCAGUUCCAAGCCACCAUUCGUGAUUGUUCUUCCCCCUCCAAACGUGACAGGGGCCCUCCACAUAGGCCAUGCGCUAACAACUGCCAUAGAGGAUACAAUCAUUCGCUGGAGGAGAAUGUCUGGAUAUAAUACAUUAUGGGUCCCUGGUGUGGAUCAUGCUGGGAUAGCCACACAGGUUGUUGUGGAGAAAAAACUUAUGCGUGAGAGGAACUUAACCAGGCAUGAUGUUGGUCGCGAAUUAUUUGUAGAUGAAGUCUGGAAGUGGAAGCACGAAUAUGGAGGUACAAUACUAAAACAGCUGCGUUGUUUGGGUGCUUCUCUUGAUUGGUCGCGUGAGUGCUUUACAAUGGAUGAGAAGAGAUCAAAGGCUGUAUCUGAAGCUUUUGUUCGGCUCUACAAGGAAGGUCUUAUCUAUAGAGACAUUCGCCUAGUAAAUUGGGAUUGUGUCCUACGAACAGCAAUAUCUGAUAUUGAGGUUGAUUAUACAGACAUCAAGGAGAGGACACUGUUAAAAGUUCCUGGCUAUGAAAAGCCAGUGGAGUUCGGUGUUAUAACUUCAUUUGCUUACCCUCUGGAGGGAGGCUUGGGUGAGAUUGUCGUUGCCACUACUAGGGUGGAGACAAUGCUUGGUGACACUGCCAUUGCCAUUCACCCCGAUGACGCAAGGUACAGUCAUCUGCAUGGCAAAUUUGCCAUUCAUCCAUUUAAUGGAAGAAAACUUCCAAUAGUUUGUGAUGCAAUGCUCGUUGAUCCUAAAUUUGGUACUGGUGCUGUAAAGAUCACUCCAGCUCAUGAUCCAAAUGAUUUUGAGGUUGGCAAGCGUCAUAAUCUUGAAUUUAUCAAUAUUUUCACUGAUGAUGGCAAAAUAAAUAGCAAUGGUGGUUCGGAGUUUGCUGGAAUGCCACGUUUUGCAGCUCGUGAGGCUGUGCUUGAAGCGCUGCACAAAAAGGGCCUGUAUAGAGGUGCAAAGAACAAUGAGAUGCGGCUUGGGCUUUGUUCAAGGAGCAAUGAUGUUGUUGAACCAAUGAUAAAACCUCAAUGGUUUGUCAAUUGUAACACUAUGGGAAAGCAGGCUCUUGAUGCAGCAAUGGAUGUUGAAAACAGAAAACUCGAAUUCAUUCCUAGACAGUAUGCUGCAGAAUGGAAAAGAUGGCUUGAAAAUAUACGGGAUUGGUGCAUCUCAAGGCAACUUUGGUGGGGCCAUCGGAUUCCUGCAUGGUAUGCUACCUUGGAUGAUGAUGAAUUGAAGGAACUGGGUGCAUACAGUGACCAUUGGAUAGUUGCUGGAAAUGAGUCGGAGGCUUUAGAAGAGGCUAGCAAGAAAUUUGUUGGAAAGAAGUUUGAGUUGCAUCAAGAUCCUGAUGUGCUUGACACUUGGUUUUCUUCUGGUCUCUUUCCAUUGUCUGUAUUAGGGUGGCCAGACCAUACAGAUGACUUUAAAGCAUUUUAUCCAACAUCUGUUCUUGAAACUGGACAUGACAUUCUCUUUUUCUGGGUUGCUCGAAUGGUGAUGUUAGGAAUUCAAUUGGGAGGCGAUGUACCAUUUGGAAAGGUUUACCUGCAUCCAAUGGUACGUGAUGCACAUGGGCGGAAGAUGUCAAAGUCUUUGGGAAAUGUAAUUGAUCCCCUUGAAGUAAUAAAUGGUAUAACCCUUGAAGGUCUUCAUAAGAGGUUGGAAGAGGGUAAUUUGGAUCCUAAAGAGCUUGUUGUUGCGAAAGAGGGACAGGUGAAAGAUUUUCCUAAUGGUAUCGCUGAAUGUGGGGCUGAUGCUCUCCGAUUUGCGCUUGUCUCAUACACAGCUCAGUCUGACAAAAUUAAUUUGGAUAUACAAAGAGUUGUUGGGUAUCGGCAAUGGUGUAACAAACUGUGGAAUGCUGUCCGAUUUGCAAUGACCAAACUUGGAGAUGAUUAUGUUCCUCCAUUGAUAGUAAAUCCUGAAAGAAUGCCUUUCAGUUGCAAAUGGAUACUUGCCAUGCUUAACAAGGCAAUCUCAAUGACUGUAGCAUCAUUAAAUGAUUAUGAGUUCUCAGAUGCAUGCAAUGCGGUGUAUUCAUGGUGGCAGUACCAGUUUUGUGAUGUUUUUAUUGAAGCAAUCAAGCCUUACUUUGCUGGUGAUAAGUCAGCAUUUGCAUCACAUAGGAAGUUUGCACAAGAUGCUCUUUGGGUGUGCUUAGAAAAUGGUUUGAGGUUGCUUCAUCCAUUUAUGCCAUUUGUAACUGAAGAAUUGUGGCAGCGCCUACCCUGUGCUCAAGACUCUGAACGGAAAGAUUCUAUUAUGAUCUCCGAGUAUCCAUCAGUGGUAGAGUGCUGGAUUGAUGAAAAGGUGGAAUACGAAAUGGAUGUCGUUUUAUCAACUGUGAAAUGUCUCAGGUCACUCAGGGCAGAGCAACUUGAAAAGCAGAAAAAUGAAAGGCUACCUGCUUUUGCAUAUUGUGAGACUGAUGCAGUAGCAGAAACUAUCAAAACCCAUGAAUUGGAGAUUGUAACCCUUGCAACCCUAUCAAACUUGAAGGUUUUAUUGAGUGGAAAAGAUGCUGUUCCUGCUGGAUGUGCAGUCGAGACUGUUAAUGAAAACCUUAAAGUUUAUAUCGAAGUUCAAGGAAGUCUCAAUGCAGAAGCAGAACGUGAAAAAAUCAGGAAUAAGAUGGAUGAGAUACAAAAGCAACAAGAGAAGUUGCAGAAGAUAAUGAAUGCAUCUGGCUAUGAAGAAAAAGUCCCAACACAUAUUAAGGAGGACAAUGUCUCAAAACUGACCAAACUAAUGCAAGAAUUUGAAUUCUUCAAAAAGGAGAAUGCACGUUUAGAAGCUGAAAUGGAGGCAGAUAAUAAAUAAUAAAGCAGAUCAUAUUUAGGCGACUUUGCAAUUAAAGGAGCAAAUAAAAAAAUAAAAAAAUUAAAAAAAAAAGGAAGAGAGAAGGACGGUUUGAUAUUUAUGCAGGGGAAGGUUAUUAAGAUAUAUAUUGCUUUCAUUUUUCUCCAUAUAAUCAGAAUGGAUUUUCAUUGCCCUCAUUCUCAUUAAACAGAGUGGUUCUGCAAAUUCACAACCCAUGUUAAUUGCAGAAAGUAUCUGUUAUUUCUUUUAGCUGAUUUGAUUAGGAAAUUCCUUUUUACAGCGGGAAAUAUCUUUGAGCUUGGGAUUCAA